CAAGAAUUCUAUUGCGAGAAUUUUCCUCUUAGAAAACCGUUUAAAAUGAGGCCGCGGAUAGCAAGAAUUUUCUUGGGAACUGCAUUAUUUGUUUUUUUAUUAAGGGAAAUCGCCGCCAGACCAGCGGACGAACAAGGAUCCAACUGAAGAAAGCUGAAGGAAAGAAGGGGAAAGACACAACAAGACGGACUAAAAAGGAAACAAACAAAGCUUGAAUUACACAACUCUUCAAAAGGACAACAUAGAAAAACACGGGUCAAUAAGUCACUGAAGAAAAAGCAGACUCUUUCACCUUUGAAAAAUGACAACAGAGAGAGAAAAAGACAGUUUAUAAUGCGCCCUUCACAUGCUUUCGGUCACUCGUAUAUGUUUAUGCGUCCGCCACCCAUGACCCAGAGAACGAUCGUAACAACUCGUAUUCCUAGACCACCAAUGCCGAUACCGUAUAACCCGUUUUUUGGUCGGGGAUUCUUCGGUGGGAUGCACCGUUCACAUUCCCCUUUUUACGAUGCAAUGGCACAAAUGUAUGGCGACGAAGACGAAGAAGAAGAAGAGCGUCACUGCAAUCCGAACCCGUGCCAAAAUGGAGCCACGUGUAACGAGGUAAAGGACGGUUAUGAAUGCAUGUGCACUCCUGGUUUCAAAGGAACUGAUUGCGAAGAGGAGAACAAGUGCCAUCCGAAUCCCUGUCGUAAUGGCGGAAUCUGCACAGAAGCUAAUGGCGCUUACAUUUGCACCUGUAUGGAAGGAUACAAGGGAAUGAACUGCGAAG